AUGGAGAAGAUUGUGUUCUAUGAGGACCGGGACUUCCAGGGAAAGUCCUAUGACUGCAAAGGGGACUCUGCUGACCUGCAGGGCUUCAUCCACCGAUGCAACUCAGUCAAGGUAGAAGGUGGCUGGUGGGUUCUGUACGAGCGUAACAACUACACGGGCUACCAGUACAUCAUUGGUCCAGGGGAGUACAAUGAUUACCGCCGCUGGAUGGGCUUCAAUGACUGUGUCAGAUCCUGCAAGAUCAUCAAAACUGCCAAAGGGCCAUACAUGUUGAAGCUGUUUGACCGGCCAAACUUUGGUGGCCAAUCUUUGGAGUUGACAGACAACAUGAAGUCUCUCCAGGAGAAAUGGCUCAGAAAUGAAGUCCAGUCCUGCAAGGUCAUUGAGGGUUCCUGGGUUUUCUUUGAACAUCCCAACUUCUGUGGUCGCCAGUACCUGCUGGAGAAAGGGGGGUACCCACAUCACUCACAGUGGGGAGCUCCGAAAGCAACUGUGGGCUCCGUCAGAAGAAUCAUGCAGCUGUGAAAUUCAA